AUGCAUCACCGCCGCCGCGGGCCGCCGAUAGUACUUUCCCCCGCGCCCGACGGCCCCAAUGGGCAUGUCAGCACGGUGCAGAUCGUGCACCAUUUCGAGUCCCAGACCAACCCGGCCAAACCCGCACGGCCGUCGCCGCUCACCACCCAGAAUGGCAUGCCUCUUGACCUUCUCGAGCGCCUCCGAUCAUUUCCCCUGUUUCUCUCUGCGCCCGAGGAGUUUCUUUCCGCCGUCGCCACACAUCUGCGACCACAGCUACACUCGCCGAGAGACUACAUCCUGACUGAGGGCGACGAUGCGAAGGCUAUGUACUGGCUUGUCCGGGGUGCUGUUGCGGUCACCUCACGAGAUGGCGAGAGCACGUAUGCCGAGCUGCGCCCCGGGGCCUUCUUCGGUGAGAUUGGUAUUCUGAUGGAUAUUCCGCGGACGGCAACGAUCAUUGCGCGGAGUCGGUGUUUGCUGGUUGUGUUGACGAAGGAGGCACUGCAGCGGGAGCUACCCAACUUUCCGGCGGUGGAAAGGGCGAUCAGGGAAGAGGCGGAAGAGCGAUUGACACUGUUAAAUAAAAAGAAACAGGAGCGCGAGAGCAAUCGCGUACGGGUAGGAGGUGUCAAGAGGUCAGUAGAUUCAGAUGGUGAUCUGGAUCUGGAAAAUGGCCGGGCAACGGAGGGGGGUAAUCGCGGGUUGUAUUCACAAGGUCUCACCCCCGGGAGUCCCUGGGUAAGUAGUUCGGCGCUGGGAAGCGGUCAAGUGAACGUGCGGCAGCUUCUGAAGGAAUUGCCGUUGUUUGCCAACCUGCCGCAGGAGAACCUGCAUUUCCUGGGAUUGAGUGCGCAGCCACGUACAUUCGGACCAUUCCAAAAUAUUAUACAGCAAAAUUCCUUGGGGAGGGAAAUCUACUUCAUCGUUCGUGGAGAAGUGGAGGUGGUGGAUGAAUCGGUAACGGAUCCCAUCAAGAACAGGGUCAAGGCCCGGCUGCGGAAAGGUCAGCACUUUGGGGAGGUCACGGCGCUUUCUCUUGCUCCGAGACGGACGGCCACUGUGAGGAGUAUAACCUACGUGGAGAGCCUUGUGAUCGAGGGCGAUGUUUUGGCGGAAUUGUGGAAGAAGUGCCCGCCGGAGGUUCAACAGCAACUCGAAUCAACGGCCAGACACAGAAUGGAUGCAGAUGGUGAGAAUCUUGUCAUGACAGAUGCUCCACCGACGCCCACUAUUGCGAAAUUAGACUUGUCAGAUCGACAGAAUUCUCCUCGUGUCUCGCAGGAAUCGCUCAAAGUGGUCGCUAGUCCUCAUGAUGGAAAUCUUGUCGAGCCCUUUGAUCCAGAUCCUUAUCUGCCCAUUAACUUCGAGGCGUUUGGAGCAAAGUCAAGGAGAGGCUCACUCGCCCCACCGCCCCCGCCGUCCGCGGGCACUUCAGGGAACUCUUCACCCACCGAGGAAAAGGCGAGCCCCUUGUCCAGAGCCACUACACCCUCACCAAUGAAGUCAAAGCAUGCGACCACACCUCCGGAGCACCAUUCGGCCCCAAAGAGAGCAAGGAUAUUGUCAAGAAAACCAUCCCGAUUCAAUAUCGGGCAAUUCGGGGAUGAUAUACUGAUACACAUUUUCAAGCACAUGGAACUGCACGAACUGAUGCGUGUCCGUCAAGUCUCGGCCCAUUGGACCAAGCUAUUAUGCAACUCACCAUAUCUUCUACAAACACUCGACUUGCGUCCCUACAACCGUGUUAUCAACGAUGCUGUGCUCAUCAAUGCGAUCGCCCCCUUCGUCGGUCACAGGCCUUCCCUAAUCGACAUCUCGAAUUGCUUCCACAUCAGUGACGAAGGCUUCACCGUGCUAGCCCAGACCUGCGGAGCCAACGUGAAGACAUGGAAAAUGAAAAGUGUUUGGGACAUCACCGGUCAGGCAAUCCUGGAAAUGUCCAACCGCGCAAAAGGACUUGAAGAGAUUGACCUGAGCAAUUGCCGGAAAGUCAGCGACACGCUUCUGGCACGGGUGGUCGGAUGGGUGGUCCCCGAGUUCCACCCCAUGUAUGCGGAGCAGCAGGCGGCAGCCGCUGCGGCAAACAAGCAGCCAUUGAUCUUCCCGCCGCCGGGUACAGUUAUAGGACAGGACAAUGUCGCACUUGGCCGCGCAUGCGGCAAAGAGGCUGGAGCAUGUGGACUUAACGCGGUGUACGACAAUAACGGAUCAAGGAUUUCAGAGCUGGAGUAUGACGAGAUUUGA